AUGGCCGACGUCGAGAUGGACGACGCGUCGAACGCGUUUAGCAAGCUCGCAAAAGGAAAAGGUCGUGAAUUAGAAGACUUUUCGCUCAAUAACGAUCUACCCUGGGUAGAGAAAUACCGUCCCAUCACGCUUGAUGAUGUGGUUUCACAUAAAGAUAUUACGACUACGAUCGAGCAGUUCAUCCAGAAGAAUCGCUUGCCACAUCUCUUGUUUUAUGGUCCUCCAGGAACUGGAAAGACGAGCACCAUUAUUGCGGUCGCUCGGCGCCUGUAUGGCGCAAACUACAAGAAGCAAAUUCUAGAGUUGAAUGCCUCCGACGAUAGAGGAAUCGACGUAGUGCGCGAUCAGAUCAAAGGCUUUGCCGAAACUCGCGGUGUUUUCGCCAAAGGGUUCAAGCUCAUCAUUCUGGACGAGGCAGAUAUGAUGACCCAGGCAGCGCAAGCAGCUCUCCGACGUGUCAUCGAGCAGUACACCCGCAACGUCCGAUUCUGUAUCAUCUGCAAUUACGUGAACAAGAUAACUCCCGCGAUCCAAAGUCGAUGCACUCGCUUCCGCUUUUCGCCCCUGCCGGUGUCGGAGGUAGAAAAGAGACUGCAGACUGUCAUAGAGAAUGAAGGCGUCAAGGUUUCACCAGAGGGAAAAGAGGCCCUCUUGAAACUGUCACGGGGAGACAUGAGGAGGGCACUCAACGUGUUGCAAGCGUGCCAUGCUGCGUACGACAUCACGGACGAAGAGGCUAUCUAUACGUGCACAGGAAAUCCUCACCCCAAGGACAUUGAAAACGUGGUAAACUCGAUGAUGUCCCAAGAGUUUGGAACUUGCUACCACAUGAUCAAUUCGUUGAAAACGGAGAGGGGUUUGGCACUUCAGGACCUCAUCUCUGGAGCGUUUGACUAUGUACAGGAGCUCGAGUUACCCCCUCAUUCGCGGGUUUACCUCCUCGACCAACUGGCAACGAUUGAGCACCGUCUUUCGACCGGAGGUUCAGAAAAGCUACAACUGACAGCGCUGAUUGCCGCGUUCAAAAACACUGUCGAGCUCGCCUCUCGGAAAUAA